AUGCGGAGAAACAGGCCGGGAAGCUUGUCCAGUGGCAGCUCGAGGCCGCGCACCCAGCUUGCCGAGAUGCACUACAACGUUCGGGGAAUGAGCUUGAGCAGAAGUUUUGCAGUGCAAGACGUAGACCUGGUGUACUCCUGUUCCACUUCGUCAACAGUCGGCCAUGCUACAGCAGGAAAGACCGCCCGGAGAAAUAAUGCGACCAGAAACACCAGGCGGCCAGCGCCCGGCAUUCGCAGGACAUUCGCUGCAACUGCAGUUGGCUUCUCCGCCACCUCGGAGCCUAGUUUUUUCGUGCACGCAAACAAGUCGUCGUGGUGCCACGGCGAGCAGCGGGAGGCCAAGAAGUGCGAGGAGAAAACGUGCCCCGGCAAGGACGACUGUCGCGACUGCGAGUGGGGUAAGUGGGGACCAUGGGAGCCCAAGGUCUGUCCCUGCAACGGGCUCCAGGAGCGACACCGAGAGAUUUCCACCCACAACAAUUUCUGCGGAAAGGCUUGCGAGGGUGUGAAAACAGAAACCAGGUCCUGCGGGGUGCCCACGUGUGUGCCGGAUCCCGUGGACUGCGUUUUCACCAAGUGGUCCGCGUGGAGCGAAUGCGACGCACUGUGCGACGGGGGCACGGAGAAGCGGACGCGGGAAAUCUUGUCCCCGGCGAAGAACGGGGGAAAAGUGUGCGCCGGGCAUUUGGAGGAGCAGCGCCCGUGUAACGCGUUCCCCUGUCAUCCAAAGAUCGGUAUUCGGAUAAACAGCUUUUCUCUUUGGCAUAUCUACAAGAUCUCGCGGUGAACAACACAUACCGCAUGGCUAAACGCAAAAGCAAAACCGGUCAUGAGAGUGGCACUCACAGUACGAGUACCGGUAGAGCCACAAAACCAACACAGAUUGCAAGCUGACGGAUUGGAGUUCAUGGUCGGAGUGCACGAACACCUGCGGUGGCGGUCAAAAGGAGCGCGUUCGUCAUGUGGACGUGCCGCCAAUGUACGGCGGAAAGCCGUGCGACGGCGACUUGAUAGAGGUCACCGGCUGCAACACGGAUUCGUGCGACAAGGGAGUAGACUGCGUCUGGGAUGAGUGGGAAAAGUGGUCCAGUUGCAGCGCGACCUGUGGGGGCGGAGAGCACAUGCGCGAAAGACUGAUUAAGGUUUGAUUUCUUGAACUCCUUGAAUGUGAAAGACCUGAAGAAUCAAUGUGAAUGUGAAAGGUAAAAAUAAUGCAGCUGAAUGUGAAUUGGAAUUGCUUUCGGUCCUCCACCUAUUGGAGCUGCAGUAGGAUCAUCUGCUACGGUGUAGCAUCUUCAGUAGUUCUUGGAGCAUACAAAAAUGAACAGGUAGCCCCGCGGUACGGGGGAAAGCUGUGCUCACCACACGAUAUGACACAAAUAGAGGCGUGCAAUCAGCAACCCUGUCACAAGCCCGUGGACUGCAUCAUGGGGGAGUGGGGCAAGUGGGCCAGCUGUAGUGCCACCUGCAACGGGGUGCGGGAGCGUGACCGCGUGGUGAAACAGUACCCGGAUCACAACGGAAAACCGUGCGCCGGAGAGCUCCGCGAGGUGAAACCAUGUAACCUGGAGGACUGCCACAAGGACGACUUUGUGCCGAAGGAGCCGAUCGAGUGCAAGAUAGGGGCCUGGGGCAACUGGACCGAGUGCUCCGUCACGUGCGGGGGCGGCUACAAAGAGAAACACCGCCAAGUCGUGCAGCUGCCCUUGCACGGCGGGGAGGGCUGCGAAGGUGAGAUGUGGUUCUACACUUCUUUUUGGCGACGGGUAUCUCCAGAGCGCUUCGCUAGGCUUGCAGCCUUUGGAAAAAGGAAGCGCUUUGUCUUCUUUUACUAGAUAUAGAUUUGAGUAGAAUAAACCACGUCGAUAUAAUUUUGGAUGACGAAAUUCAGGCGCACUGAAGCUGAUCGAGCCGUGUGCCCAAGAAGAAUGCAAGCCUGAACACGUACUCCACCCGGUAGACUGCAAAUGGUCCGAUUGGGAAGCUUGGUCCGGGUGCUCCAGGAGUUGUGGCGGUGGCGAGAAGACGAGGCAGCGACAGGUUUUGACCAUGCCAAAUCGCAUUGGCACACCUUGUGCUGCGAAGGAUAACAUGGAGGUAGCCAGCUGCAAUGAAGACCCGUGUGACGCUGUGGAUUGUACUGCUAUUUUUGGCUUGUCAUCCUGAUGGAAACAACAAUAACGGCAUCGAUCGACAACGCGGGUCAGCCACAGCCUACUUGUGUGGAAUUUCGCGUGCUGGGAAAAAACAAAAAGGACAGAAAAUCAAUUCAACUUACAGGCGUCUGGGGCCAGUGGUCCGGCUGGGGCGCGUGCACGUGUACAGGCUUAGAAGAGCGGCACCGAGUUAUUCAAAAACACGCCACGCAAGGAGGCCACCCGUGCGACGGCGCGAAGAUUGAGACCAGAGCAUGUGCCGUUUGUUUAGUUUUUUCGUUGUGCGCACUUCCCUUUGUUCCUUGACGUCGAUUUCAAUAGAAAGCUCAUUUGUUCCGCACGUCGUAAAAAUCAUAAUCAAUGCAAAUUCAACAACCUCCAAAACAGGCCACCCCGACUGCGAGCAUCCCCCCCAAGACUGUCUGCUUGGAGACUGGGAGUCCUGGGGGCAGUGCUCCGCGAGCUGCGGCGGCGGCCAGACCAUCCGGCAGCGACAUAUCUUGCAAAAGUCAAACUACGGUGGCAAGGGUUGUGCGGGGGAGCUGAAGGAAAUCUCGGACUGCAACGUAGACAAGUGUCCCACCGACCCGGAGCCGGUGGACUGCAAGCUUGACGAGUGGUCCAACUGGUCCGCGUGCUCCGCCGAAUGCAACGGCGGGCAAAAGUUUCGCCACCGUGAAGUUUUAACGCAGGGGAGGCACGGGGGGAAGACCUGCACGGACGAGAUGGUGUUGGCCGAGACGGCUUCUUGCAACACGCAAACGUGCGAUGACAAGAAGGACUGCCAAUGGGGCGAGUGGAGCAAGUGGGGCGACUGCAGUCGGACUUGCGGUUCGGGCCAGAAGGAGCGAACGCGCGAGGUGCUGCAAUCUCCGCGGUACGGCGGCGAAAUGUGCCCGCCGAAGGUCACAUCGGAAGUGGCGCCCUGUACUUCUGAUAGCUAGAAUUUCGCGAGAGGUGCUUCUAGUUUUAGCUGCUGAAAGAUAUCAGAUUGCGUCGCACUAUCACACAUAGCAAUCAGCUAUUGGAUAAUUAGGGUUUUAUGCCGUCUUCUUCCAGUCUGAUCAUGGAGGUGCGGAAAAGAAAAAGCGAGUUCAUCACAUGAGGAAAGAUAAGCAACACUGCAGGCAACACGCAAGAGUGCCCCGGCGCACUGCACUGUGUCGACGGAGUUUGGUCAGAUUGGUCGGACUAUUCCCUCUGUUCCGCGAGCUGUGGCGACGGGUUCCAGUAUCGCACCCGUGAGAUUGCGGUGGCGGCAAACUCGUGUGGAAAGCCGCUGGUCGGCUUGCGCCAGGAGUUCCGGGAGUGUAACCGCGGGGCCUGUGACCACCAUGUGAAAGACUGCAAGUUCUCAAGCUGGGAGGAUUGGGGCGACUGCAGCUGCCCCUGCAACGGCAUUAAGGAAAGAACGCGGCGCAUCGACACUUACCCUGACAACGGCGGAAAGGGGUGUAAUGGCAGCUUGAAGCAGGUAAGAUUGUAACUACUCCUACUUACAGUUGCAGCGUGAUGUGUUUUGCACCACCUUAAUUUGCCUGUCUCUUCCAGGCCUUCUUCGUUCCGGUGUAGUUACGGGUCGAUCAUGGAUUCAAUUCUCACGAAGCUUGCAUUGGGUAAUAAAAAAACCAAUAUCAAAAAGAUUGCCGCGUGCAACGAGAAAGUGUGUUCCCAAUGGCAACCAGUGAAUUGCAAAGUGUCCACGUGGGGCCCGUGGUCCGGCUGCUCCGCGAAGUGCGGCGGCGGGUUCAAAACCCGAAAGAAGUCGAUUCUCAAGCACCCGAAGAACGGGGGCAAGCCGUGCAACGACGAUCUCGAGGAAGUAACCAGCUGCAACGAACAGGAGUGCCAGGACGCGGUGGACUGCGAAAUGGGUUCCUGGGACGAUUGGGGCUCGUGCUCCGCUCGCUGUGGCGGCGGCGAACAAAUGAGGUACGAAAAAUGAGGUAGUAUGUGCGCACUCAUGAAUUUGUAUGGUCAUGUGUUGGGGUUCAAAAUUUCAGAAAAAUUACCGCAGCUGAUCGCACCGGAUCGGCCUCUGAGAUGCACACUUUCUUGGGGUCGCUCUCACCGGGUGCGUGGCUGGCUUCAAUACUAUGCCUGUGUUGAAUAUUCGCAGUGUCGAUAUUUUGGCGCUUUUUUCAGGAAUUUGAGUUAAACAGGUCGGGGGAAGGUUCGGGUACAGGUCUGGCUAGCCGAGGUCCGGGGAGGUCCUUUUUGCUACUCUCUCGUGUUCUGACAGCCCGACUCAGGUCGGGGAAAGCUGUUUUGUGCUGGUUUUGGGGUUUGGGAGCUAAGUUUUCACGGGUCCGAGCCCAAAACUCGGACUGCCGUCGUGUUUGGGGUGAAAAUGGAAAAGGAACGACCUCGGCGGAUCUCGCCGGACCUCCCGCUGGGCUGCGCGUUUGGAGUCGCUUCCCCCGGUGGUAUUGCCAGCUUUGGCACUAGUUUUGGGUAAAUUUUGGCAGCGCCAUUUUUUUUUCUGUUUUCUUGGACAUUUCGCCGAAACAGGCGGGGAGAAUGUUCGGGUAGGGGGCAGGUCAGCCGAGGUCCGAGGAGGUCCUUUUUGCUACUCUACCGUGUUCUGACAGCCCGAAUCAGGUCGGGGAAAGCUGUUUUGUGGUGGUUUUGGGGUUUGGGAGCUAAGUUUUCACGUGUCCGCGCAAAAAACUCGGACUGCCGUCGUGUUUGGGGUGAAAAUGGCAAAGAAACGACCUCGGCCGACCACGCCGGACCUCCCUCUGGGCUGCGCGCUUGGAAUCGCUUCCCCCGGUGCUAUUGCCAGCUUUGGCACUAGUCUUGGGUAAAUUUUGGCAGUUUCAUUUUUUUUUCGGUUUUCUUGAACAUUUCGCCGAAACAGGCGGGGAGAAUGUUCGGGUAGUGGGCAGGUCAGCCGAGGUCCGAGGAGGUCCUUUUGGCUAAUGUAUCGUGUUCUGACAGCCCGAAUCAGCUCGGGGAAAGCUGUUUUGUGCUGGUUUUGGGGUUUGGGAGCUAAGUUUGCACCGGUCCGCGCCCAAAACUCGGACAGCCUUCGUGUUUGGGGUGAAAAUGGCAAAGAAACGACCUCGGCCGACCACGCCGGACCUGCCUCUGGGCUGCGCGCUUGGAAUCGCUUCCCCCGGUGCUAUUGCCAGCUUUGGCACUAGUCUUGGGUAAAUUUUGGCAGUUUCAUUUUUUUUUCGGUUUUCUUGAACAUUUCGCCGAAACAGGCGGGGAGAAUGUUCGGGUAGUGGGCAGGUCAGCCGAGGUCCGAGGAGGUCCUUUUGGCUAAUGUAUCGUGUUCUGACAGCCCGAAUCAGCUCGGGGAAAGCUGUUUUGUGCUGGUUUUGGGGUUUGGGAGCUAAGUUUGCACCGGUCCGCGCCCAAAACUCGGACAGCCUUCGUGUUUGGGGUGAAAAUGGCAAAGAAACGACCUCGGCCGACCACGCCGGACCUGCCUCUGGGCUGCGCGCUUGGAAUCGCUUCCCCCGGUGCUAUUGCCAGCUUUGGCACUAGUUUUGGGUAAAUUUUGGCAGUGCCAUUUUUUUUUCGGUUUUCUUGGACAUUUCGCCGAAACAGGCGGGGAGAAUGUUCGGGUAGUGGGCAGGUCAGCCGAGGUCCGAGGAGGUCCUUUUUGCUACUCUACCGUGUUCUGACAGCCCGAAUCGGCUCGGGGAAAGCUGGUUUGUGCUGGUUUUGGGGUUUGGGAGCUAAGUUUUCACGUGUCCGCGUCCAAAACUCGGGCUGCCGUCGUGUUUGAAGUGAAAAUGGCAAAGAAACGACCUCGGCCGACCACGCCGGACCUCCCUCUGGGCUGCGCGCUUGGAAUCGCUUCCCCAGGUGCUAUUGCCAGCUUUGGCACUAGUUUUGGGUAAAUUUUGGCAGCGUCAUUUUUUUUUCGGUUUUCUUGGACAUUUCGCCGAAACAGGCCGGGAGAAUGUUCGGGUAGGGGGCAGGUCAGCCGAGGUCCGAGGAGGUCCUUUUUGCUAAUCUAUCGUGUUCUGACAGCCCGAAUCAGCUCGGGGAAAGCUGUUUUGUGCUGGUUUUGUGGUUGGAGAGCUAAGUGUUCACGUGUCCGCGCCCAAAACUCGGACUGCCGUCGUGUUUGGGGUGAAAAUGGCAAAGAAGCGACCUCGUCCGACCACGCCGGACCUCCCUCUGGGCUGCGCGCUUGGAGUCGCUUCCCACGGUGGUAUUGCCAUCUUCGGCAUUAAUUGUGCGUAAAUUUUGGCAGUGGCGGUUUUUUAUCGAUUUUCUUUAACAUUUCGCCGAAACAGGAGGGGAGAAGGUUCGGGUAGGGGUCUGGUCAGGCGUGGUCCGGUGUGGUCCUUUUUGCUAGUCUGCCGUGUUCUGACAGCCCGACUCAGGUCGGGGAAAGCUGUUUUGUGGUGGUUUUGGGGUUUGGGAGCUAGGUCCCAACGUGUUCGCGUCCAAAAGUCGGACUGCCAUCGCGUUUGGCGUAGAAAUGGCAAAGAAACGACCACGGCGGACCAGCCUCUGGGCUGCGCACUUGGAGUCGCUUCCUCCGAUGGUGUGGCCUUCUUCGGCACUAAUUUUGGGUAAAUUUUGGCAUUGCCAUUUGUUUUGGUUUUCAUCAACAUUUCGCCGAAACAGGAGGGGAGAAUGUUUUGGUAGGGGGCUGGCCACCAGGAAAAGCAAAAAUUAAAAUUUAUCAUGAAAGGUAUCGGGCCAUCACUACAAUGCCGAAGCAGGGCGGCGUUCCGUGCAAGAAGACGGAGACAAGCGAGAUGCGAACCUGCAACACCCAGGCGUGCGGCUCUAUCGCGUACUGUGCCUGGAGCGACUGGGGGAGCUGGAGUAAUUGCAGCACGACGUGCGGCACCGGGGAGCAGUGGCGCAGGCGGCACCUCGAGAUCAUACAGCACGUAGGUGCGAAUGACACCACCAGUAUAAUUUCGACCAACAUUCUGAACGACCUGUUCGAGUUCCCGGACCGAAUGCGCUUUGCGAGCGAGCACAUGCUCUUCACGUUCUUCCUGGGAAUUUUCACAACACUAGUAAUGCUGGCCGUCACGCACCGGUUUGUGCAGGAGAGGAGAAGUUCCGGAGGAAGCAGUGCGCUGCUCUUCGACGAUCACGUCGAUUACGAAAGAGCGGCGACAGAAAUGGUGCAGCAGUCGCACAUAGCAGCGAACCACGCGGAAGAUGCUUUUUACGUGGAAUAAGGAAAGAUGAUACGCCGUAGCCGUGUUGGGGCGCGGACAUAAUUAGAGAGUUUUUAGAUGUAGAAAAUCACGACCCAAAAAAUACGUAGUAAAACGUAGUAGUUAACUUUCUUAGUAAAAGAAAAACAUGCUUUUGAUCUUGAUGUUUCUUCCCGUAGGGCUUCAUCAUCUCCGCGUGAUGUACAGCCGAGCCGCAGUGAUAAAUCUCGCUGAUCUCGAGAGUGCGGUGAAUCGGCACGUUCUUCGCGAUCUUGCCGGCAGCAAAGGAAAGAAACACUGGAAUCUUGUGCUGCUGAUCUUCCGGCGAAGACGCGGAGACGCCUGUCUUUCUUCAUAGAAACAAAGUACAAGUAAACAUUUUCCGACGCUGCAGGCGGUCAACAAAGUAGUGCACAAGUAUGCACAGCGGCAACGUUAACG